AUGGACGUGGACGUGGACGUGGACAUGGACGUGGACGUGGACGUUGACCGUGGACAUGGUCUUGACGUGGACGUGGACGUAGACGUGGACAUGGACGUGGACGUGGACGUGGGACGUGGACAUGGACGUGGACCUGGACGUGGACGUGCACGUGGACGUGGACGUGGGACAUGGACGUGGACGUGGACCGUGGACAUGGACGUGGACGUGGACGUGGACGUGGACGUGGGACGUGGGACGUGGACGUGGACGUGGACAUGGACGUGGACGUGGACGUGGACAUGGACGUGGAAGUGCACGUGGACGUGGACUGUGGACAUGGACGUGGACGUGGACAUGGACGUGCACGUGGACGUGGACAUGGGACGUUCACGUGGACGUGGACGUGGACUUGGACGUGGACGUGGACUGUGGACCGUGGACAUGGACGUGGACGUGGACGUGGACUUGGACGUGGACUUGGACGUGGACAUGGACGUGGACGUGGACGUGGACAUGGACAUGAACGUGGACGUGGACCCGGUGACGUGGACGUCUGGACAUGGACAUGGACAGUGGCCGUGGACGUGGACAUGGACGUGGACGUGGACGUGGACGUGGACAUGGACGUGGACGUGGACGUUGACGUGGACAUGGACGUGGACGUGGACGUGGACGUGGACGUGGACAUGGACGUGGACGUGGACGUGGACGUGGACGUGGACGUGGACAUGGACGUGGACGUGGACGUGGACAUGGACAUGGACGUGGACGUGGACGUGGACAUGGACGUGGACGUGGACGUGA